GCAGCGUGUUCGACUCUGAAAGCUUCCGCAAGCUGCGCGGCGCUGAGCUGGGGCUGAUCACGGGCAUUUGGCCUUGAGGAGACGCAGUCGCUGCGGAGUGGGUCCUCCUCUGAGCCGGCCGCCGGGAGUGUGGCGGCGGAGCAAACAUGAAUGUUGGCGUUGCCCACAGUGAGGUGAAUCCAAAUACUCGUGUAAUGAACAGCCGGGGUAUGUGGCUGACAUAUGCAUUGGGAGUUGGCUUACUUCAUAUUGUCUUACUCAGUAUUCCCUUCUUCAGUGUUCCUGUUGCUUGGACCUUAACAAAUGUUAUACAUAAUCUGGGGAUGUAUGUAUUUUUACAUGCAGUAAAAGGAACACCUUUUGAAACUCCUGACCAGGGUAGAGCAAGGCUCCUAACUCAUUGGGAACAGCUGGACUAUGGAGUACAGUUUACAUCUUCACGGAAGUUUUUCACAAUUUCUCCAAUAAUUCUAUAUUUUCUGGCAAGUUUCUAUACGAAGUAUGAUCCGACUCACUUCAUCUUAAACACAGCUUCUCUCCUGAGUGUGCUAAUUCCCAAAAUGCCACAGCUACAUGGUGUUCGGAUCUUUGGAAUUAAUAAGUAUUGAAAAUUUUUGAAACUGAAGAAAAAUGUUUACAACUACUGAGUUGCCUAUAAGAAAGAUGUGGUUAGUAAACUGCACUGCUUCUAUGAUAGUGUGAAAUGAGGGGUAUUUACAUUGGAGAGCCAAUUGCUGGUUCUUCAUAUGCUGUUUUGAAGUGCAGAUUUUUACUAGAUGAUGCCUCUGUUUAAUGCAUCUGGUAUGUUUCUGAACAGAGGCUUAAUAGGCAGGCUGGGCAGGCCCAGCUUAUAAGUUAAAUGGCUAUAAAGUGAGGGUGUACUAGAUAAAUCCAAGGAAAUUAGAGAUUUAUAAGAAACUAAGACCAGCUUAGCUUAUACUGAAUGGGCAUUAUGAUAGGAGAAAAAAACUUCCAAUCAUUCAGUCAUGGUCAGUUCAAGCUGACUUACAUGUAAGCCAGAAUCAUCUCUUUACAAGUUUAUAGUAGACUGUUUUUAAUGCCAUG